AUGGCCCCGGCUAUCCCGCAGCACCUCCGCAGCCUCCUGUGGCUUGCCUGCCUCCUGCCCCUAGCCCCGGACCCGGUGGCUGCAGGCCUGUAUGAACUCCGGCUCACCACCGAUGGCCCAGCCACCACGGGGGCAGAGGUGACCAUCUCAGCCAGCUUCGUGGCCAGGGACAAUGGCAGCCUGGCCCUGCCCAUGGAUGCCCACCUCUACCGCUUCCACUGGAUCCACACUCCGCUGGUGCUCACCAGCAAGACCGAGAAGGCCCUCAGCUCGACCAUCCGCGUGGUCAGCAACGUGCCUGGGGACUUGCCAGUUUCCGUCUGGGUCACUCCAGCCAAUUGCUGGACGUGCCAGCCUGUGGCGAGGGGCUUCACCGUCCUCUCCAUCACAGAGUUCCUGGUGGGGAAGCUUGUCGUCACCCAGAACAGCUCCUUGCCCUGGCCCAGCUCCUACCUCACCAAGAUGACCCUUAAAGUCUCCUUCCUCCUCCAUGACCCAAGCAACUUCUUCAAGUCCGCUUUGUUUCUCUACAACUGGGACUUCGGAGACGGGACCCAGAUGGUGACUGAAGAUCCCGUGGUCUAUUACAACUAUUCCAUUAUCGGCACCUUCACCGUGAAGCUCAAGGUGGUGGCCGAGUGGGAGCAGGCGAAGCCGGGCGCUGGGAAGGGCAUCAUGCAGAAGAUGGGCGACUUCUCUGCCUCGCUGAAGUUGCAGGAAACCCUUCGAGGCAUCCAGGUCUUGGUGCCCACACUAAUUCAGACCCUCCAAAAGAUAACAGUGACCUUGAACUUUCUGGGGAGCCCUCCACUAACUGUGUGCUGGCGCCUCAAGCCAGAGUGCCUCCCGCUGGAGGAAGGGGAAUGCCACCCAGUGUCAGUGGCCAGCACAACCUACAACUUGACCCACACCUUCAGGAACCCUGGGGAUUACUGCUUCAGCAUCCGAGCCGAAAAUGUCAUCAGCAAGACUCAUCAGUACCACAGGAUCCAGGUGUGGCCCACCAGUAUCCAGCCUGCUGUCUUUGCUUUCCCAUGUGCCACGCUCAUCACCGUGAUGCUUGCCAUCGUCAUGUAUAUGACCCUACGGAAUGCCGGUCAGCAAAAGGACAUGGUGGAGGUGGCUGAUUUUGACUUUUCCCCCAUGUCUGACAAGAACCCGGAGCCGCCCUCUGGGGUAAGGUGCUGCUGCCAGAUGUGCUGUGGGCCCUUCUUGCUGGAGACCCCAGCUGAAUACCUGGAAAUCGUCCGCGAGAACCAUGGACUCCUCCCGCCCCUCUACAAAUCUGUCAAAACUUACAGUGUGUGAGCGCCCUCCCUCCAUCCCAUGCCAUUGUUAACUGACUGCCAACUUGGAGCUUCUGGAAAGGUGGUGCACGCUGCUGAACAGGAAGAGUUCAUGUGUGCAGGGCGUUUACCCUGG